CCGGAAGUCGCUGUGUUUUAUCGUUUUGUCGAUGGAAACGUGUGUAACUUGGAAUCUGUACGACCUAAAAGUUAGAAUAUUGUGGCGGAGAGUCAGACCUACAACUCUAUAUAAGUAAGCAGUUAUGUGUUUACUCUUUGUUAGUGUAUACGUGUAAAAUAAGUUAUUGGAACCAGCUUUUGUCAUCAUUCCCCUUCGCAUAGUUGAACAACAAUAGAGUCCAUCAUGUCGAAAAGGGCGAAGUGGAGCAAGGGAGAUUCAGACGAAUCAAAGAACCUGCCGAUAUAUCAACAUAAGGCCAAACUUCAACAGGCUGUCAAAGACAAUUCAUUUUUGGUUGUCACUGGCGAGACUGGCAGUGGGAAAACGACUCAACUUCCCCAAUACUUGCAUCAAGCAGGUAAGCUUGUGCCAUGGGACCUGUGUCUACAGAAUUCAAAAUUGACCCCAAACUUCUAUACCCUUUAUUAUAGCCUUCGUCUAUGAGCUGCCCUUAUAGAGUGGUCUGAAAGGUUUGGAUAGGUGUAAACUUGUAUUUCUUGUGUAGGAUUUUGGAAUAAUGGUAAAAUUGGCAUCACCCAGCCUCGGAGAGUAGCAGCCAUCACUGUAGCCCAGAGGGUAUCACAGGAGAUGCACUGUAGUCUGGGUAGAGAGGUCGGAUACCAAGUGCGCUUCGAUGACUGCACGACACAGGUGAGAGAGCUCCAAGACACCUACCUACUGGACCAGUGUUUCCCAACCCUGGUCCUAGAAUCUCCCAACAGUACACAUUGUCAUUGUAGCCUUGGACAAACGCCUCAUUCAACUCAUUGAGGGCUUGAUGAUUAGUUGACAAGUUGAAACAGGUGUGCUUGUCCAGGGUCGGGAAACACUGUACUAGACUGCUCAAAGUGAUACUUCACAUAAAUUAUUAGAUACGCUUAUGUGUUAGGCACCUUGAAAGUGUUCUAUAGGUCUACGUAUUGUCACUGAAAUGUAAAGAUAAUUAGAUUGUAGUGUAUAUCAGCAAAUGUGUGUCUCUGAAAGGAGAUUUGUGUUUGUGUGUUGUCAGGACACGGUGGUGAAGUACAUGACAGACGGCUGUCUGCUGAGAGAGAUCCUGGCAGACCCUGUUCUGUCUCAGUACAGUGUGGUCAUUUUGGAUGAAGCCCAUGAGAGGAGCCUUAACACGGUCAGUAGUAAGACUCAACUACUUCAAAACAGUAAUCUGAUUAUAUCCCCAACUCCAUCCCUCAGUUGUAUACCAAAGCAAGUGGUGGGGCUGCUGUUUUGCUGAGAAACAAAUCCCAGAUUGUAGCUUUAAACAGUUGUGUAACGUGUUUUACUGCAGGACAUUUUGCUGGGUCUGUUGAAGCAGACCCUCUCCAGUCCAGAUAAGGCCUCUAAGGGUCGCUCUGUCCCCCUGAAGGUGGUGGUAAUGUCAGCCACCCUGGAGACAGACAAGCUCUCUGUGUUCCUGGGAGGCUGUCCUGUCUUCACCAUCCCUGGAAGAACCUUCCCUGUCACCUCCAAGUUUGGCUGUGCUAUAGGACCAAAAGAUACAGAGAGCUCUGUUUACGUUAAAGAGGUAGGGAGUGAGCUUGCUUUUACUGACAGGCCAACUGUUAGUAUGAUGUAUGAUAAUGAAUAAAUUCAGUGAUUGUACCAUCCCAGGAUUUAGCUCAUUUAAACUCAGCUAGUGAUGCGCAGGUUGACUCAUAACCCACAGUCCCAGUGGAUAACUGCGGGGUGGACGGGUUUAGGGUCAUUAAAUAUUGUGUGGCUGAAGGGCAGGCGGGUUGAAUAGAGAGAAAUAAUACCUUUAAAAAAUCAAUAAAUGUAUAAUUACUGUGCAAUUUAUAUAGUCUACAUUUAGGUUUUUAUUCAUUAUUUUAGGCUAUCUGGUAUUAGUGCAUAAGCCUAAACUUUAGGGCUUAACUGUAUGCACACCAAAUUGCCUACACAGCCAAUCGCCAGAUAAUGCUUUUGGGAACUGGCAGAAAAAGUUAACAUCAAUCCACGGAGGCAAAAAGGACAUUGUCGAAGUUUAAUUCAGUGGUUUGGUAUGGUUUAGCAACUUUCACAGUGAAUGCUUUCGUUUAUACGUUUUGUGCGAUUGAAUUGAACAUCGCCAAAUGCAUCAUUACAACAUGUUGCGACUAUUUAAUGCAACUCUUGCUGUUAAUAGAUCGCAAAGCAGCGUACAACUGAGCUAAAAUAAAAACUCCCGCAGAAUUAAGCAUUUCUUGCAGUAAAAUUUUACACCAAAUGUAGGCAAAUGUGGACUUGGGAACAGGAGUGGAGAAAUAUUAUUUAUUUAUUUCUGCAUCUUGAGUGACGCAGUGGUCUAAUUGUGCCACUAGAGAUCCUGGUUCGAAUCCAGGCUCUGUCGUAGCUGGCCGCGACCGGGAGACUCAUGGGCGGCGCACAAUUUGCCCAGCGUCGUCCAGGGUAGGGGAGGGAAUGGCCGGCAGGGAUGUAGCUCAGUUGAUAGAGCAUGGCGUUUGCAACGCCAGGGUUGUGGGUUCGAUUCCCACGGGGGGCCAGUAUAAAAAAAAUAUAUGUAUUCACUAACUGUAAGUCGCUCUGGAUAAGAGCGUCUGCUAAAUGACUAAAAUGUAAAUGUAAUACUGUAUACUCCUUGCUUUACAUUUAUGUCAUUUAGCAGAUGCUCUUAUCCAGAGCUGCUUACAGUUGGUGCAUUCAUCUUAAAAUAGCUAGGUGGGACAGCCACAUAUCUUAGUCAUAGUAAGUACAUUUUUCCUCAAUAAAGUAGCUAUCAGAGAAGGCAUUGCUGGUAGAAAAAUAAAUACAAGUCAUGUGCGGUUGUUAGUUCACAAAAGGCAAAGUUGUUUAUUUAAUAAUUUUUUGCUACUAAAUGUAUGGGGGGAAACUUCGAGUAUGAACAAACCUCUUGUCUGUGACAGGUUGUCAAGGUGACAUUGGAUAUACACACCAGUGAGAUGGCUGGGGAUAUCCUUGUGUUUCUAACAGGUAAACCUAAUGAUAAUCUACACAUAAUCUCCAGAAUAUUAAUGUUCUGAUUACAAGUUAAUACUUUUUCCAUACAACUGUUUAUAACAGGGCAGUCUGAAAUUGAGAAGGCCUGUGACAUGCUGUAUGAGAAGGCUGAAUCAAUAGACUAUCGUUACGAUGUGCAGGACCGUAAAGUGGAGGGGAUGCUGAUCCUGCCCCUGUACGGAUCUAUGCCCACUGGUAAGGUUUGCGGUACUGUCCGAGUACCCCUGACUGUGACAUUCACAUAUAGAAAAACAGAUUGAGUUCCCUUUCACACUCAAGUGGACACGGUUUAGCAUGUCAUUGGCUUGCUAAAUCAAAAGUAUAAAGUCAUGACUCAUGACUGAAUUUAAAUUCAUUUUUAAAUAAUAUGAAUGAUUUGUGUCCUUCUCACAGAUCAGCAGAAGCAGAUCUUCCAGCCUCCCCCACCGGGUAUAAGGAAAUGUGUGGUGGCCACCAACAUUGCAGCAACGUCCCUCACCAUCAAUGGAAUAAAGUAAGUCACCACAAGGCAUAUCAGAGCAGCAUAGAGCUGUUUUUAUCCAUCACAGAAUGGCAAGGCCUCAAAUUUCAUGACUGUAAUUUGUUCACUGCAGGUAUAUUGUUGACAGUGGGUUUGUGAAGCAACUCAACCACAACUCAAGGGUUGGCAUGGACAUCCUCGAAGUGGUUCCGAUUUCAAAGUAAGUCCCGGAAGUCCCUGUUUCAGUCUGCUUCCUUUUGUUUCAUGCCUAAUGAACAGGACUGUGAUGUUGUGUGGUGUUGUAGGAGUGAGGCCCUGCAGAGAGCAGGCCGGGCAGGGAGAACCUCCGCCGGGAAGUGCUUCCGGAUCUACAGUCAGGCGUUCUGGGAGAAGUGCAUGCCGGAGUACACAGUACCAGAGAUCCAGCGGACCAGUCUCACCGCUGUUAUCCUCACACUCAAGUGCCUGGGAGUUCAUGAUGUCAUCAGGUAGGUACAGCUCCACUUCCUCAAGUGCUCAGAGAAACCAGUGUCCGUUUUCAAGACUGUUGAUAAUACAAUACAAUCCAACAAGUCAUUUGAGGCCAUGGUUGCUUGGUGUGUCUCUCGAAGGUUCCCUUACCUGGACCGUCCAGAGGAGAGGUUCAUCCUAGAAGCAUUGAAACGGCUUUACCAAUGUGACGCCAUCGACAGGUGAGAGAUGUAGACAUACUGUAUAUCCGUGUACAUCUCUCAUUCUUUAUACUAAUCUCCACCAGCUACAUCUACAACCACAUAGGGAUACAACUCUGCUGUUUUCACCAUCAAGAACCGAGGGAACAUACCACAUACAGUAUUUUGCAGUUCUUCAUGACUAUCACUCAAUCUUUAAUAGCUCUUGUUAGCUCUUAUCAAUAACCCCCUCCCCUGUGUGGGGUCUAUAGGAGAGGUAAAGUGACCCGGCUGGGUGAGCUGAUGGUAGAGUUCCCCUUGCCCCCAGGGCUGACCCGGGCCCUGCUCCAGGCUGCCUCCCUGGGCGUUGAGGACCUCCUGCUGCCUGUAGCUGCCAUGCUGUCUGUGGAGAACAUUUUCAUCAGACCAGGUAGACAAUAACGGCCUGAGGCCUGGGUUUAGCCAAUGAAGAUGUGGUUAUACAUUUACAUUUACAUUUUAGUCAUUUAGCAGACGCUCUUAUCCAGAGCGACUUACAGUUAGUGAGUGCAUACAUUAUUUUUUUCAUACCGGCCCCCCAUGGGAAUCGAACCCACAACCCUGGCAUUGCAAACGCCAUCCCUGCCGGCCAAACCCUCCCCUACCUUGGACGACGUUGGGCCAAUUGUGCGCCGCCCCAUGUCUCCCGGUCGCGGCCGGCUACGUUAUGUCAGGAAUACACGUGUAUACAUCAUGGACUUUAUCGUUUUAUUCCAUUGGAUUUCAGUCGGACAUAAUCCCAAGUCAUAGUUCUAAUCAAAAUGUUUGGCAUUGCUCUCUCUGCAGGACAUCCAGAGAAGCAGAAGGAGGCAGAUCAGAAGCACAGGCAGUUGGGAGUGCAGGCGGGCAGCUGUAAUGACUUCACCAUGCUGCUCAGUGUGUUUGAGAAGUGCAAGGCCAGGUAUACAACCUUCACUCCUCUUAAUGUAUUUAAUAAGAUACAUUAUAUUCACUGCAUUCAUGUUCAUGGGUCUCCAUCUAACAUGAGUUUGUUUUGCUGUCUACUGUAGUGAUGCCCCGUCAGCGUGGUGUAAAGACAACUAUAUACACUGGAGAGCGCUAAAGUCAGCCUUCAGCGUGGAGACCCAGCUCAGAGAGAUCCUCCUACGACUACAACAGGUCAGUUUGUUGUUUGUUUGUUUACUUAUCUUAUUAGUUUUAGUGUAGCUAAAACUAUGAUGUGAAGCUCUGAGCAUGUAUGUACAGAUUUAUAAUCAUGGUAUGUCUGUUGUUUCCAGAAGAGAGAUUUCCCUAUGGAGAAGUUUGAUGGCAAUAAGAGUGAGCUGUUCAGGAGAUGUCUAUGCGCUGGUUACUUCACCAACGUGGCAAGAAGGUACGGCUUUUAUCCCAGUAAUGUUAAAAAGUCAAGAAAGAUAACUAAGAUGUUGUGGUUUUCUCUCAGGUCAGUUGGGAAGGUGUUUUGCACGAUGGAUGGACACGGAUCCAUGGUUCACAUUCAUCCAUCAUCAACGGUAAAGACUUCCAGGACUAUAUUCUGUUCAAUUCAGAACAGUCCAUAAAAUCCCCAAAAUGUAUAUUAGAUUCACCAUCUCUCCUGCAUGUUAACCUGACUCCCCCUCUCCCAUAGCUCUUUGACCAGGAGCCCCAGCUGGACUGGGUGAUCUUCCAUGAUUUGCUGGUCACCUCGCGGAUCUACAUCCGGACGGUGUGCCCCAUCCGCUAUGACUGGGUGAAGGACCUGCUUCCUAAGCUCCAUGAGGUGGAUGUGUACGAGCUGAGCAGCGUGGCCAGAGAGGAGGUGACAGACGAGGAGGUGGCCAAGUGGGAGACUAAGGAAGCAGCUAAAAGACAAACAGGUGGGUGAUGGACUCUGGUGAUGAGUAUUACUUUACUGGUAUAGAAAGAAUUGUAUAACAUUUGAUGUUUCUGUAGUUGCUCCUUUAUUAUAUACAGUACAGGUGUCAUUCAAAAUCCUCUAAUAUGGGCAAAGUUUUUUUUAAUGGAAAAUGUAAUUGAGCAUUCCUAUUGGACAAGAUAAGUUACUGUAGUGCCUUUUCUGUUCAAGCCCCCCAGGUGAUUCGAAUGCUUCAUAUGCUUGUUUUGUCUGCUUGACAAUCUAAUAGAGGUCAUUCUGUGUGUUUGGUUUAUUUCCAGAGGGGUCUGCUGAAGACGCGUUCAAGAAACUGGAGAAACGGAACGAUGAAAGCUCUGUGAGCGAUGCCCGUGCUCGCUACCUACAGAGAAAACAGGAGCGGCAACAAGGCAAAGCACCGUGAGGGAGGAGGAGGACAUUGGACACUUAUCCUCAGGGGAAGAAGGACUCCGUUAUUGGACUGACCAGGACAGAAGAAUCUCCACUCAGGGAUUAAAAGCCUGUCUGUUAUAAUAAACUGCACAGGUGAUGUUCUAAACAAUGUUUUACAACACAGGAGUCUGAGAGUUCAGGGUCAAACAUGGUCCUUUGUAGCUCAGUUGG